CCCAGAGCUGCAACGCGUCUGCGACGGGCAGUUGCGGCUUGGCUGCGUGUUGGAGUCCAUUGAUUUGGGCAGGAAGUGAAUUAGAGUGAUGCACGGCAGGAGUGGGCACAGCUGGUAAGGGGUGGUCUUUUCUUUUCGUUAUGCCUGAUGAGUUGACCCGCAGGUCUUAAAGAGAAUUAUGGGCAGACAAAGGCAUGGAAGACGGAUUGUCCCAAACAGCAGUAAAGAUGUCGGUGACUUUACUCCUCAUGGAAAGGAAGACAAAAAAAAGGACUUUACCAACUCAAUCUUACAUCGAAAAGAGAAGAAGAAAAAGCCAGAUAUUGCCAAGAUUUUUAUCAAUAUCUCCAUAGGACUUUGCAUCUUUAGCCUGGUUUGGUUUUUCUAUGCCAUGUAUAUGCGUUCCUAUUUGGCGAAAAGGAUCGUCACUCUUCACCCUUCACCGAAAAUUAUAGAUGAAAAUGGUACUUCAGCUGCCGUGUGUCCAGAGCGAUUCUGGGGCUCCUAUAGACCUCAGGUUUAUUUUGGAAUGAAAACUCGUAGUCCCAGACCAAUUGUAACAGGGAUGAUGUGGUUGCGGCAGUUUGGAGGACUUGACAUAAACCUUAGACACAAUUGUGAGCAGGGAGAUCACUUACCAAGUUAUGGCUGGCUGAUGCAUGAUGGUACGAGUUUUGGCAUUCAGGAGAUUAGGGAUGUGGACUUUACAUUAACCACAGAGUUUGUGAAGAGAGCUGGAGGUGACCAUGGCGGAGAUUGGACCUGGAGAAUUACAGCCAAGCAGCAGAGCACUUCACCUCAGGCUCCUGUGAUCUCUUUACUGUUUUAUGUGGCAGCAGAUGGCCAGGGGUCACUUCAGCCACACAUUGAAGAGAAAAACCGUCUUGGUUCAGUAACAGGCUCCUCAGAGGAGCUUGGCCAAUUUAAGCUUACUUUUCGGAAACCUUCUGCUGGUGGUAAUACAAUUGAAAAGUUUGCAAGCUAUAACCACUUAACAACAGUCAGUCUGGGCCUGGACAAGCUAACAGAAGUAGUCAAGAACAGCUUGAGUGGCAGAUUUGUCUAUAGCUCUCCUUCAGGUGAGAAGCGGCAUUAUAUUGCUGUGGAUUCAUAUAAGCCACCAUCUCCACAACAGCCGAAACAACGAGGAGAAGAGCGGAAAGAAAGUGACUUUGUGGUUCAUCAAGUAACUGUGCAGACUCCCUUUCAAAUUGAAGUAUUAUUCGAGUCUGCUAGCUUCAAGGAGAGGCCAAAUCAGCUGGCUGGAGAUGUGCUAACAGAGGAGCUAGAAAAGAAGAAGUAUGCAUUUGACGAAAAAUUUGAGAAAGUCUUUGGUCUUCAGAAGAAGGGUUAUACGCCUUCGCAAAUAAAAUUUAGCAAAGCAGCACUGAGCAACAUGCUUGGUGGAUUAGGUUACUUCAAUGGACAGUCAGCUGUUCAGUCUAAGUUCAAUGAAUAUCCUCUUUUGUACCCUGAAGGACCUCUGUUUACUGCAGUGCCUUCUCGUUCCUUCUUUCCCCGAGGAUUUUUGUGGGAUGAGGGCUUUCAUCAACUACUUGUAAAUAAGUGGGAUCCUGAUAUCACUAAAGAAUCCAUAGGUCACUGGCUGGAUUUAAUGAAUGUUGAGGGCUGGAUUCCUCGAGAACAGAUUUUAGAUGAUGAGGCUCGAAGCAAGGUACCUGCUGAGUUUAUCAUUCAAAGGAACGAAAAUGCUAAUCCUCCCACUCUCUUCUUGGCCUUACAGAAGCUAAUUGGCUCUUCAGGUCUAGAAACUAAGCAAUUAGACAAGAAGACCAAAGAUUUUCUAAAAAGACUAUUUCCUAGGCUACAGACUUGGUUUGAGUGGUACAAUACUACACAGUUGGGGCCAGUUGCAAAUUCUUAUAGGUGGAGGGGCCGUGACAAGGAUACUGACUUGUUUCUCAAUCCGAAGACUUUGACAUCAGGCCUAGAUGAUUAUCCAAGGGCCUCUCAUCCAUCACAGGAUGAAAGACAUGUAGACCUGUAUUGCUGGAUGACCCUAAUUUCAAGGAUUAUGACUGACAUUGCUAAAUUGUUAGGAGAACCUUACGAAAUAUAUGAGAGGACUUACAUGAGCUUAAGUGAUAGUUCGGUCUUGGAAGAACUUCACUGGUCAGAGCAGCUAAAAGCUUUUGCUGACUAUGGAAACCACACACAAUCAGUGAUUCUGCAACGAGAGAAGGUUUAUAUACCACCAGGUCAGCCUAGGCACCAACUCCCCACUGCUAGGCUUGUACGAUCUGUGCGCAAAGCUCCCAAACUGCAGUAUGUCAAUGCUUUUGGAUAUAUUAGUCUUUUCCCAUUCUUGCUGCAGGUUCUUCAGCCAGAUUCUCCCAAACUUGAACAUAUCCUCAAGGAUAUUCAUGAUGAGCAGAAACUCUGGACGCCUUUUGGACUACGCUCUCUUUCUAAAUCUGAUCCACUCUACAUGAAGCGAAACACUGAACAUGAUGCUCCUUACUGGAGAGGGCCUAUUUGGAUCAAUAUCAACUAUCUGGCCAUCAGAGCAUUACAUUACUAUGCCAAUGUAGAUGGUCCAUAUAAAGAAACUGCUGCAUCACUUUAUCAGGAAUUGAGGACUAAUGUGGUACAAAAUAUAUACACACAGUAUACAGAGACUGGUUAUGUUUGGGAGCAGUAUAAUGACAGUUCAGGAAAGGGCCAAGGAAGUCAUCCUUUUACUGGCUGGUCUGCACUCUGUGUAUUAAUAAUGGCCGAAGAUUACUGAAACAGCAUUGCUGCAGUGGAGUGUUUUUUUUUUUUUUUGUUUUGUUUUGAGAAGUCCUGUUUGAGAUGCACAGCUUGCAGUUCAGGGUUAUGUUCAUAAUUUUGGCAGACAUUAUUUUCAGGGUAUUUUGAGAGGUUUAAUUAUCUGACCAUGGGUCCUUACAUGCAUAAUGUAUUCCCUUACUGUGACAUUCUUUCUUUUUUAUGGAUAUUGUUUUAGACAAAAUUUACUUGCAGCUGCACUGAAAAUCUAAAUAUUGUUAAUUUCCCUUCCAAAGAAUAAAAAUUGCAAGUAUUAAGGCUCUUACAAAAAUAUUUUUCAUCUUUACCACAGACAUUCUCUUCACUUAAUUUACUGUUGAGCCUUUUUUUUUUGUAAAUAACUGUAAUAAUUGUGUAUCUGUGAUUAUUUAAUAUGCUCUAUGAUUAGAGAGAGUGAGUGGCCUGGGUAUUUACUGCAGCUACAAGAUGCAUUCCCUUCCCUUCACUUGAGAGAGAGAGAGAGAGAAGGUGGAAUACACAGUUAGAUGUAUCACUUGAAAUGCAGGUAUUUUAAACAGAGCAAGGUAUUUUUAACUACAGUCAUCGUCUGACAGUUUGGCUUUUUAAUUUCAAAUAUUGCAUAUAAAGGAUUUCUUUUGUCUCACAAAAUGACAGCGAAGAAAUUGAUCUGUUUAUUAUGAGCGCAGAUUGUUUAUUGAAGCAUCCUUCUAAAGGGUUGCCUGAUCUGACAUUCUUAGAGGUUUCUAAUAAACAUGCUUUGGGUACUAA